AUGAUUUACCUUCUCGUCAUCAUCGCUGUCAACAUGGCAGCCUUCUUCGCGUUCAUGUAUAAGCGCAUGGCGAAGGUAGCCAUGGACCCGACGAUGUUCAAGCAUUUUAAGCUGAUCAAGCGCACCGAGGUGACCCACGACACCUUCAUCUUCCGCUUCGCCCUAGAGAACGAGACGCAGUCGCUCGGGCUGCCGAUUGGGCAGCACAUUGUGCUCCGUGCCGACUGCACGACGUCUGGGAAGACGGAGACGGUGACGCACUCCUACACACCCAUCUCCAGCGAUGACGAGAAAGGCUACGUGGACUUCAUGAUCAAGGUGUACUUUGCUGGCGUGCACCCCAGCUUCCCGCAUGGCGGCAGGCUGUCGCAGCACCUGUACCACAUGAAGCUUGGUGACAAGAUAGAGAUGCGUGGACCGCAGGGGAAGUUUACCUACCUGGGCAACGGCACCUCGCGCAUCCAAAAACCAGGCCAGGGCUUCAUCACAGACAAGGUGGACGCCUAUGCGGCCAUCGCUGGCGGCACUGGCAUCACCCCGAUACUGCAGAUCAUCCACGCCAUCAAGAAGAACAAGGAGGACCGCACAAAGGUGUUUCUCGUGUACGGCAACCAGACAGAGCGUGACAUCCUGCUGCGCAAGGAGCUUGACGAGGCUGCCGCCAACGACGACCGCUUUCACGUGUGGUACACCGUCGACCGUGAGGUAACUCCAGAGUGGAAAUUUGAUGUGGGGUACGUCCGAGAGGAGAUGUUCCGCAGGCACUUGCCCGUCCCUGACAUGCUCGGCGACGACAGCGUUCCGCAGAACGCCGGGAUAAAAAAGGUGAUGGCACUCAUGUGCGGCCCACCACCCAUGGUGCAGAUGGCGAUCAAGCCGAACCUAGAGCGUAUCGGCUACACCGCCGACAGCAUGUUCAACUUCUAA